AUGGCAAGUAACUUGAAAGUGCUCGACAUUUCAUGGACUAAAAUGUGGGAGCUACCUGAUGAAAUUAGGAUGUUAAAGAAGCUCGAAAUUAUAAAUGCACGUUGUUCUCGAUUGACAGGAAUUCGAAGCCUACCAACAAGCAUUCAUACCCUUGACUUAAGAGGAUGCAAUUAUCUCCAAGCACUGCCAGAGCUUCCCUCAAGUUUACAAGUUCUGUGUGUAGAGUUGUGGAGUUUUGAUGUUACCCCUAAUCUUGCAAAUCUGGUUAAUCUGCAAGUCUUGCGGUGUUACAAGAUUCCUGACGAGAUGAAUCAGAUAAUUUUCAGUGAUAUUGUUAAAUUAUCCAAAUUGCAGAGGUUGGACUUUGGAAGUAGCAGCAUUAUGACCCUACCAAAAGAGAUUGAUGCCCUUUCUCAGCUCAAAUUCCUCAAUCUAGAAUCAAUCAGUAAACUUCAAUGUAUAUUGGGUUUACCUCCCAAUCUGGUUGAAUUAUAUAUUGUUGGUGGUCGCUCAUUGGAAAUACUACCAGAUCUGUCAAAUUUGAAGUUCUUGUCGAAAUUGCGACUUUAUGAGUGCUGGGAGCUGAGAAAGAUUCAAGGGCUUCGGAAACUACAAUCAUUGACGAGUUUGAAAAUAGAUAAAUGCAUUAAACUGACAGAGAUUGAAGGACUUGGAAAUCUAGAAUUGCUGGAAAGUUUGACAAUAUGUAAGUGCAAUAAGCUGAGAGAGAUUCAAGGGCUUGGGAAACUACAAUCAUUGACGAGUUUGACAAUAGAUAAAUGCAUUGAACUGACAGAGAUUGAAGGACUUGAAAAUCUAGAAUUGCUGGAAAGUUUGACAAUAUGUGAGUGCAAUAAGCUGACAGAGAUUCAAGGACUUGGAAAUCUAGUAUCGCUGGCAAGUUUUCAUAUGCAUGACUGCUUUAGCAUAGUCGAACUUGAUCUGCUCAAAUGUUUGGCACCUCUAGCAUCCUCGGAGAUGAGUGGGUACAAACACCCUGAAAAUAAACCAGAUUGGUCCAACUUAAACAAGGUAAAAAAAUUUCGAGUUGCUGGAUGCCAGAAUCUUAAUAAGAUCGAAGGACUACAUACAUUGGUAUCAUUGGAAUAUUUGCAUCUGUCGACUUGCUCAGUAACAAUGCUGAAUCUAUCAAACUUGAAAAUGUUGAGACACUUGGAGCUCAUUGAAUGCACGAGCUUACGUGAGAUUGAGGGCCUUGGGGCUUUGGAAGCCUUGGAGGAACUGAGCAUCAAUUGGUGCUCUAAAAUAGCGGAACUUGAUCUGCUCGAAUAUUCUCAAUGCAACUUAAACAAGUUAAAAAAAAUUGAAGUUGCUUGUUGCAAGAAUCUCAAUAAGAUCGAAGGACUACAUAUAUUGGUAUCAUUGGAAUAUUUGACUCUGUCGUAUAACUCAUCCAUGGUAAGAAUGCCGAAUCUAUCAAACUUGAAAAUGUUGACACACUUGCUGCUCCGUCAGUGCAAGAGGUUACUUGAGAUUGAGGGCCUUGAGGCUUUGGAAGCCUUGGAGGAACUGGACAUCAGGGGGUGCUUAUCGCUGGAAAAAGUACCGCAUCCGCCAAACACACACACUAGGAUUUUUGAUCAUAAUGUUUUAGAUUGUAAAGAUUGGGAAGAUUGUGAAGAUUGUGCAGAUUUUUAUGCAGAUUAUGAAGAUUCUGAUGUUCAGAUUGGAAACUUGGCCUCUGGAAGAUCCCGCUAUGAGGUCCGGAAACAAUGCAUAGAGCUGAGCUAUUGUGAGCUGUUUGUAUCUUAUCCUCUUCUCCUCAUUGUUUUCAGUACUCUAUUGACAAGUGAGGUGAGGACGGACAAAAAGAGGUAUAAGGUGAAUCCACAAGCAUUAUGA